UCUAAGUCAAAGAAGGAGAAAGAUGAUGUUAGAUCAAGUCAAAUCUUCUCCCACCAGUCCAUCUAUCCCGAAAUCGAUGAAGAUGUUUGCAAAUUCUCUUAUCAUUGUGACGCAAGCUAUCGUCUCUUGUCUUGCCGGAAUAGCUGUCUUCCUAGGCGAAGUUGAUCCUUCGAAUACAAAGAUCAAAUUCCUUUCAACUCCUCCAAAUACCUCUCGUACCACGAAAGACGUUGACGAUCGUCUCUACAGCAGUACUUUCCUCUUCAAAAGUUUGCAUGUUAAAUUCUUUUUCGUCAAAUAUGGAGGGCUAAUGAAUGGUUUUGGCCAAGGCAUUUACAUGAUUUUACGUCAUUAUAAUCCAGGUAUGGAAGCCUUAAUGUUCAACUUGAUCGCUAUCACUUGUGUAGGUAUGCGUAUUUGGUGCUUUAAAACAUUGAAACAAUCGUUCACAUACAAGCUUAAAACGCAUGAAGAUCAAAAGUUGAUCACAACAGGACCUUACAAGUAUCUAGCACAUCCGAGUUAUACAGCUAUGAUAUGCUCGACCUUGUGCUUACUUGGCGCUUUGAUGGGACCUUAUAAUGCUCUCUUGGACGGGAUAUCAAAUCAACCUUUUUCAGAUUCAUUCUGGCUUACAACCAUUCGUCUUGACAACCCUCGAUCAAUCUUUUUGGCUUUCAACUUAUUUAUGGCACUAUACUCCAGCAUUUUGACAAGUUCUGUCAUCUUUUUCAUUCGUAUUCCCAGUGAAGAAGCAAUGAUGCGAGAGCAUUUCGGCAAGCAUUACGAUGAAUUUCUCCGGAAACGGUGGCAUGUUAUUCCCUUUCUGUACUAGUAUAAGUAUCACUUUUUACCACCAACGCUGCAAUUAUGAUUAUUUACAGCCUCACCACUAGCUUCUAUGUUUUUGCCUAAGGAUCGCAUCAUCG